UACGUGUGCAGUUCGAAAGUACGGCCGGCCAAUUUGUGGAUUUAUUUUUAUUUUAAGUGAAAUUAAAAAUUGAAAUCGAAUUGUGAGCAAACGAAAUAAAACGUCGUAAUUGGUACUCGUAACUAAAUGUGUUUAAAUAUUGGAAUAGUGAAAAUUUUCAAACAAAUCAAUACAAAAAUUGUGUCAAACAUUAAAUUCAUACAUUUUAAUUUGAAUGAAAAGAAGUGCAACUUAAUAAUAUAAAUUUAAAGAAGAAAAAAUUCGUUCAAGAAAACAUAAAAAAGAAAUAUCAAAACAAAAAUUAGUCGAAAAAGUAAACAAAAACCACUGCUACAAUACAAGAACAAAAAUAUGGGGUUUUCAUCGGCCCUACAGGGCCGUGCCGCGCACGAGGCAUUAAUCGUGCGCCAAGAUGCCGAACUGCGCCUUAUGGAGACCAUGAAACGGUCCAUUCAAUUGAAAGCCAAGAGUGAUCGGGAAUAUGCGAUCGGUUUGGCUGCGGUUGCACAACAGGGCUUGAAAAUCGAUCGCGCCGAUGAAAUGCAAGGCAGCCUGAUAACGAAAGCCUGGCGCUCCUACAUGGACGAAUUGGAUCAUCAAGCGAAACAAUUCAAAAGCAAUGCAGAACUACUUGAAGUCGUCUGCGAAAAGCUGACACAUUUAUCACAGGAUAAACGUAAAGCACGCAAAGCUUACCAGGAGGAGCAUGCCAAGAUCGCAGCGCGCCUCAAUCAUCUCACAGAUGAAGUGGUUCGUAAGAAAGCCGAAUAUCAAAAACAUUUAGAAGGUUACAAGGCAUUGCGUACACGUUUUGAGGAACACUACAUCAAAUCCGGUCGUGGUGGUCGAAAGUUGGACGAUGUACGCGAUAAAUAUCAAAAAGCCUGCCGCAAAUUACAUCUCACCCACAACGAAUAUGUGCUCUCCAUCACCGAGGCCGUUGAGGUGGAGAAAGAUUUUCGCACAGUAUUGCUGCCCGGACUACUGGAGCAUCAACAAUCUGUGCAAGAGAGUUUCAUAUUACUAUGGAAGAAUAUACUGCAAGAGAUAAGCCAACAUGGCGAUCUCACGUCCGACAAAUUUAAAGAGAUACAGAAGCGCAUCGACAAUGUGAUAAACAGCAUAAAUCCCAGUGAGGAGUAUCGGGAAUUCACCGAAAAACACAAAACUUCCCCCACCACACCGUUAGUAUUCCAAUUUGACAAUUCACUCAUCGAGGAUAUACCUGGCAAACUGCAAUCAAACACACUUACAGUUGAUAAUCUCACAGUCGAUUGGUUGCGUUCGCGUAUCAUUGAUUUGGAAAUGUCCGUGAAGGAUUGCCAAGAGAAGCAGCUGAAAAUGAUCGAGCAGGCGAAUGGCGGUUCACCCAUAGCGAAUGGCAGCAUAACGCGGAAUGGCAGCACGGCAAGCAAUGGCAUACAAUCGCCCAAGGAUAGUCAGAACAGGCAAUCCAAGGACCUCAAUGCGCUGCGCUGUCAAGAGAAACAAAAACAAAAGCUGGUGGAUAUGAUUAAAUGCGCUUUGAAUGAGAUUGGCUGCGAAGAGUUGCCAUCUGGCUGUGAUGAUCAUUUGGAACAGAACUUCAUAGAGAAUAGUUUUAAUAACGACCAACAGCAGAACUCAGCGGCUUCAACUAAUUCUACUGGCGUAAGUAUUAUGAACGAGCUACGACGACGAGGUGGCGUAUUGACAUUACUACGCGGUAGACCUUUCAAACGCAAGUCCACACCGCAGCCGACUACGCCUACCGCCAAUCGAACGCGCACGCAACGUUUCAACAAACUUCAACCGAGAUCACAAAGUCUCGGCUCUUUGUCGGUAAAUACCAGCCCUGCGAAAUACGAGCCCAUUACUAACCCAUUGCGCAUGGCCACCAGCCUCGAAGCUAACACCAGCUACGGCCUGCAUGCCAUAGAUCCCGACUCAGUGAUUAUGUUUGAUCGUUGCGCCGCUACUGCAAAAAUGUUUCCCAAGCUGCGACGUACGCAGCUUUCACUGCUGUGUUUAAAUGAAGAGGACACACCUACCGCUUUUGUUAUAUCCAUUGAUACUAACCCAAACGAGCCCAUGCCAGAGUUUAACGAUCAUAGAAACAAUAAUAACAAUAUAUAUGCAGACCUGUUAGGGGGUUGUGAAUCGUUGGGUGGGGAUUGUGAUAGUGUUAGAAGUGGUGAGUUAGCAUUGCGACGACAAGAAAACGUGCGAAUCGAAAUAAAUCGUGAAGACAUAAAGAAUUCGAUUGAUGCGCACUUGGACAAGAUCGAUGAAUUAAAUCGCACACUGGAUGAUCGUCUGAAACGGCACUUGCCACAACUGAAUUUCGAUGCCAUCGAGACUGCCGAACCAACAGGGGUCACAGCUCGCACGAAAACUGUUGCAGAGCAAGAGGCACAUUGCUCCUCGAAGCGAACGUCCAGUUCGAGCUCGGACUGUCGGCCGUGUGCAGCGCGCAAAGACAAGGAUAGCGAUUCGAAUGGUAAUUGCAAGAAACGCUCCGUAUCGUUCUCACAAAAGUCCAUAAAUGCCAUUAUGACCAAUCUCAAGGAGUUUACCAAAAAGAAUGUACAGCCAAAAGCACCGAAGACUACCAUAACCUUAGUUGAAUAUAAAGAGAACAGCGAUCAGUUCGAGCUGAUCGAUCCGGAGCUUGGUAAGUCAACGCAAAGUAAUGGACGUGCAAACGAUCCGACCUUAAACGCCGACGCAAGCAAUCAAGCCACACAAACCAUAACUGAUACGGACACGAAGCCAAAAGCAAAUGGCACAGCAAAUAAAGAGCAAAUCACGAAUAACAAUAACAACAACCAUAACGACUCUACAGACGACACAAACACGAGUACAACAACGCAAGCGCCAGUGGUACUUGCCGAUGCCACAAAUCCGUCCAAAAACGAGCCAAUCGGCAUGUCCGCUAAGCUGCGUUUAAAAGUGCCCAAAAUACAAAAGAAAUCCAAAGCACUACGUCAAACAUUCCGUGCCAAGUUGCUGAAUUUCCAAAUCAAGCGGGACAAAAUAUGUAAACAGUGCACUAAACGUCGACGGGUGCAUCCAUCGAAGAAUGUUUUCGAUUUUAGUAAAGAUUUUGGUUUUAAAAAAGACGAAGUCAACACGGAGUGUUGCGAUGCGACCAAUGAGGAGUUCUGCACUUGUCCACCUGAGAAGAUAGUAAACAAGAGGGCCUUCAACGAGCCAACACACUUCGAUUCGACAAGCUCUGCCGAUGCUGAAGACGAAGGCAGUGGCGGUGAAGAUCACCUAAGUCUGAAGGAGCAUUGCUACAGUGUGCCCAGCUUGGCGAUGAGUAUGUCGCUCUCCACCAAUCGGCCUCUCUACGAAGAGGAAUGGUUCCACGGCGUGCUACCUCGCGAAGAAGUCGUACGGCUACUCAACAACGAUGGUGAUUUCUUGGUGCGCGAGACCAUACGCAACGAAGAGAGUCAAAUUGUGCUGAGUGUUUGCUGGAAUGGACACAAGCAUUUCAUUGUACAAACAACCGCCGAUGGGCAUUUUCGUUUCGAAGGUCCACCAUUUCCCAGUAUUCAAGAGCUCAUCAUGCAUCAAUAUCAAUCGGAGUUACCGGUAACGGUGAAGUCGGGUGCCAUUUUGCGACGUGCCAUUUGCCGCGAACGCUGGGAGCUGAGCAAUGAUGAUGUGGUGCUGCUGGAGAAAAUCGGCAGAGGCAAUUUCGGUGAUGUUUAUAAGGCGAAAUUGAAGUCAACCAAACAGGAUGUCGCUGUGAAAACCUGCCGCAUGACGUUGCCCGAUGAGCAAAAGCGUAAAUUUCUACAGGAAGGGCGCAUCCUAAAGCAAUAUGAUCACCCGAAUAUUGUCAAAUUAAUCGGUAUUUGUGUACAGAAGCAGCCGAUUAUGAUAGUCAUGGAACUCGUGCCGGGUGGCUCAUUGUUGAAUUAUUUGCGUAAGAACUCAAAUGCGUUGACGACACGGCAACAAAUGGGAAUGUGUCGAGAUGCGGCGGCCGGCAUGCGCUACCUGGAAUCCAAGAAUUGCAUACAUCGAGAUCUCGCAGCCCGCAAUUGUUUGGUUGAUUUUGAAAAUCAAGUAAAAAUCUCCGAUUUUGGCAUGUCACGCGAAGAGGAAGAGUAUAUCGUUUCCGAUGGCAUGAAGCAGAUACCUGUUAAAUGGACAGCGCCGGAGGCAUUGAAUUUCGGCAAAUACACCUCACUGUGUGACGUUUGGUCCUACGGUAUUUUAAUGUGGGAAAUUUUCUCCAAAGGUGAUACCCCCUACUCGGGCAUGAGUAAUUCACGAGCACGUGAGCGAAUCGAUGCAGGUUACCGCAUGCCAGCGCCUGAAAACACACCGCCCGAAAUGUAUCGGCUCAUGUUGAAGUGCUGGGCUGCCGAAGCAGAAGCACGACCACAUUUCGAUGAGAUCUAUAAUGUCGUGGAUGCACUGAUCAUACGUUUAGAUAAUAAUCAUUAACAACAACAACAACACUAUCAAAUG